UAAACGCUAAGGAUCGACUGACUGACUCCAUUUAAACGGCAUGUCCUUAGCUAGUCUAUGCUAUGUAAAUAAGAGUAAUAUUUACAGAGGAAUAUUUUCUUCUGUCAUGUGAUUGAACCAGAAGGUUAUCACAGCGCAGUCUUCCCUCAAAGCUAAAAUGGUCUUAUCAUCGACGCUGAGCCUCAUUGCUGUUUCUGGAUGCGUGCUGCUGCUCUGUGGCUCAUCCUGCGCAUCUAAUGACACCAUCCCUCUGGUUAUAUGGCAUGGCAUGGGUGACAGUUGUUGCAAUCCUUUAAGCAUGGGUGCAAUGAAGAAGAUGGUGGAAGAAGAGGUGCCUGGAAUAUACGUGCUGUCCCUGAUGAUUGGCAAGUCUGUCUUAGAGGACACUGAAAACGGCUUCUUCAUGGAUGUUAAUGAGCAGGUGUCUUUUGUAUGUCACCAACUUGCCCAGGAUCCUAAACUGAAAGGAGGUUACAAUGCAAUGGGCUUCUCUCAGGGGUCACAGUUUUUGCGAGCUGUUGCACAGCGCUGUCCAUAUCCCCCAAUGAAGAACCUUAUCUCAGUUGGUGGGCAGCAUCAAGGGGUGUAUGGUCUACCACGCUGUCCUGGUGAGAGUUCUCAUAUCUGUGACUGGAUUCGUAAGAAACUAAACUCAGGGGCGUACACAGAUGCUGUUCAAAAACACUUGGUGCAGGCACAAUACUGGCAUGAUCCGCUCAAUGAUGACUUGUAUAAAAAGUACAGUCUCUUCCUUGCUGACAUAAACCAGGAACGGGUGGUGAAUGAGACCUAUAAGAAGAAUCUCAUGUCUCUGAAUAAAUUUGUCAUGGUUAAAUUCCUGAAGGACACUAUGGUGGAUCCAGUUGAUUCUGAGUGGUUUGGUUUUUAUAAACCUGGUCAAGCUGAAGAGAUGGAAACAUUGAUGGACAGUGCUCUAUAUAAAGAGGAUCGUUUGGGGUUGGCAGAGAUGAAUAAGGCAGGCAAGCUUGUGUUCCUUGCUACUAAUGGAGAUCACCUGCAGUUCACUACAGAGUGGUUUAAUGAGAAGUUACUUCCCUUUCUGCACUAAAUACAGCUGACUCACUUAUUUCCAACUAGAGAGCUGAUGUACACGCACACAAUACCGUGUUGGCUGACUGUAGCAUGCUCCUUACUACUGUUUCUUAGUCUAAUAGUGUCUCAUAUAGACAUUAAGACAGUUGUUUUGCUUUAUUGCACUGAUUUAAUCAGGAAAAAUUAAUUCCUCAAGAUGAACUUUAAUGAAAAUGCAUAGUUUUUACUUGUUCUAAUUUUGUUCUUUUUUCCAGAAAAUAAAACUUUGAAUCUUUUGAA